GUACCACACACCUCUGAUGUUGACUGCUGGAUUUGGAAACUUCAAAAUCAAUGAAGCCAGCGAUGAGUACAAGUUGAGACGCAGAACCCAGAUGGUGUGCUUCUUAACAGCCGCUGGUAUCACCAUGUUGACCUCCAGAUUUGCCUAUAAAUCCACCAUCACCAGACAGUUUCUUCCCACUUUUUUCCAAGGAAAUCAUUCACCACCCACCAGCUACAAUUUCACAGCCGAUGCCGCCGUGGCCGUGGGGACAGGUACAUUGUUGGCAGGCUCGGUGUCGCUGAUGGCGAUUUUUGGUUGGUGUUGGAUCAUCGACGUGAGUUCUUUUAAAGAGUUCGGCUGGAAAAUGAAGAGUUUAAUGGGUGGAGACGAACGCUUGAGACAACUAGCCCUUCAACCCAUGGACGAGGAGAGUGCUAGCAUUCAGGAUGGUCUUAAUGAUCUUUUAGAAGGAAAAUAUGAUGAUAUGCCCGAUAGCCAGUAAGGUUAUUAUAACUUACUCAAUUUUCAUAAAAAUCCCAAUCAAAGUACACCAUUAUGACCAUGAACAUUGUACCUACCCAGAACACGCAUUUUUACCCUAAUAGCUUGUAAAUAUACUUCUUGAACCAUCA